UCCCUUCCGGAGACUUGCUUCCUGCUGAAACGCAAUUCUCAAUCACAAACGGAAAAAAUAUCGACAUUCGUGGUUCCGCUCUAGAAAAAUGACUGUUCACACGUAACUGCCAAAUGAACAAGUAUUUUCUGGUUGGUCGCGAGAAGAUAUCAGUGCCUGAAACACACAAGCACGUCAAGAGUAUCGCUGGGUGAUAGGCUACUUUUCGUAGCGCCGAAGCUGAAAACAAUGCCACAUUUCUUGUGGCCGGAGCCGCUGUCAGCCGCACAACUCAAGCGGCUAGAGGAGCACAAAUAUAGCGCUUCGGGUCGAUCCCUUUUCGAACCUCCUUGUCAGAUAUAUUGGAAUUGGCUGGUCCAACAAAUUCCAACUUGGGUAGCGCCUAAUACUCUGACUAUAAUUGGACUGGUAAUAAAUAUAGUCACAACUGUAGUGUUGGUGUUUUACUGUCCAACGGCAACAGAGGAGGCUCCAGCAUGGGCCUUCAUCCUGAGUGCGUUGGGCCUGUUCAUCUAUCAGUCGCUGGAUGCCAUCGAUGGGAAGCAGGCCCGGAGGACAAACAGCAGCUCUGCGCUGGGGGAGCUCUUUGACCACGGCUGUGAUGCUGUCUCCACAGUGUUUGUUUCUGUGGGAACAUGUAUAUCCUGUGGGGUAGGAAGCUACCCUGAUUGGAUGUUCUUCUGUGGCUUUGUGGGGAUGUUCAUGUUCUUCUGUGCACACUGGCAAACCUAUGUUUCUGGAACGCUGCGCUUUGGCCUGGUUGAUGUGACAGAGGUCCAGAUUGCCAUCGUUGUCAUGUAUGUGAUGUCAGCUUUUGGUGGAGUGGCCCUUUGGGACUACAGGUUACCUGUCCUUGGGGUGAAGCUGUAUGCCUUCCCCAUCUUGGGCAUCAUAGGGGGAGCCGUGUACUCCUGCUAUAACUACUUCCACGUCAUCCUCAACGGGGGCGUCGGGAAGAACGGCUCCACUGUGGCUGACACCAGUGUGCUGGCACCAGGUAUGCACAUCGGCCUCAUCCUCACACUGGCCUUCAUCAUCUUCAAGAAGUCAUCCAACAAGCUUUUUGAACUGCACCCGUGUCUCUACAUCCUAACUUUCGGCAUGGUCGUCGCCAAGAUCGCCAACAAGCUAGUUGUGGCCCACAUGACCAAGAGUGAGCUUUAUCUCCCAGACACGGCUUUCAUCGGGCCUGGCCUCCUUUUCCUCAACCAGUACUUCAACAGCUUCAUCGACGAGCACAUAGUCCUCUGGAUCGCAAUGGUCCUGUCGUUGAUUGACUUGACGCGCUACUGCACAGGCGUGUGCAUCCAGAUCGCCUCUCACCUGCGCAUUCACGUGUUCAGCAUCACGGCGCAAGCUGCCCCCAAACACGACUGACGUUUUGCCCGGAGGAAGGAGGCGGGGGAGGCAGAGGACGCCGCCCCGCUCUUGAAAGCAGAUGAGGAUAAAGAGGUCCCCUCCACCCCAAACCUCAGCAGCCUUGACACAGUGACCACCUCUGACUAAAGGUUGUCUGUAAUAACACUAGGGUAAUGACACAACUACCCGAGUAGAGCCAUCGUCAAGGGUAACACACUGGUCUGUAUCUCACUGGAUGAGUGCAGAGUAGCUGGCAUGGAAAUAAGUUGGUUGGUUUUUCUUUGUCUCCAUUUUGGAAGUAAAUCACUACCUGAGGUAAUCUGAGAUUCAGAUUUGGUAAAUGUCAGACAGGUUUUAACAUCCAAAGCGCACCAUUUGCCAUUAUUUCCAGCUCAUUCAAAUCAUACACUAUGGGUAACAGCUACAAUACAUUUUUCGGCAAAGAUCAAAUAAUGUUUCUCAGUGAUCAGAUGGUUGCUUUGUAUUUUUCCCUCUUGAAUUUGUUUUCUCAAUUGAUACAUAUUCCUAACUAAUUGACCUAUAUUCAAUGCUGUAAAGUUAGAGGCUACAGUACGAGACUCAUGUCUUCACAGCCUCUUGUUAAAAACAAUGUGAUAACUCAACAUGUUUGAUCAUUGCCCAAAUUGAUAUUGUUGCUCUUGAAAUCAUUCAUUAGUCAUGUUUAUUUAUUUAAUGAAUGAAUGAGACCCAAUCUGACAUGAAAUUAACUUAAUCAGGGCUAGGAAAUACAAAAUAAAUCAACCUUUCAACCUCAUAACUUCUAAAAUGAAGUUUGAAGUAGAAUGAGACAUUCCUAAUGAGGUAUGGUAAGCUAAUUGUCAAGGACUGCAGGUUAAGGGGCAAGGGUCUGGGUUAACGCUGAAAACAGUGACAUUUCUUCUACAUGGGCUUCCAUCUGACUGUGAAUCCCCUUCCAGUGUAUCCAACACCCUCCGUAACCUCAACUCCAGUUGAAGUCCUUGUAGUCAUGUUGGUGAUGCGUUAACACCAGAGUCCUGUCUGCUUUCAACGUUCUUCUCCCUAAAGGGCUAAUUCUUUGAAUCCUUUUGUUUCAUUUUAAAAAUGUCUGAAUAUUUUAAGAACGAGUUCUAAAAUGUUUGUCUUUUCUGCAUCAUUAUGAAACCAGUAUUUAUGGUUGAAGUAUUAGACAAUAUGUAACACUGAUGUUUUACUGGAAGCCAUCUUUUUUCAUCACACAUUUAGAAUAUGUAUAGGUGAAUGAAUGCAUUUGGGUACAUUAAAUUCAAUGAUUUGUGAUUGUUGAAUGGUAUGUUUUGGGGCAGAGCUGAAUGGUCAUUGCUCAACAACUUUAGGAUAGAAAGACAAAGGGAUGCAACGGUGCGGAUGUUUCGCCCCUGUGGUCAUGUUUAUGUAACAAAGAAAAUCAAGAACCCUUACUCUAGGAAUAUGGCCCUAAAAAGGACAUUUUGAUAUAUUGGCGGGUCGAAUUCCAAUGAGAGCCUUCAGAUUGACAUUUCAAUGACUUUGUCUGGAAAUGUUAGCCACCUGUUUUUGUUCAAUCAGGGUUCGAACUCAAGGUGAACUUUGAAACUAUGCAUUGAAAAGGCCACAUGGUAUUGUACUGUUCACUACAAGUAAAACAUCUUUAUACUAACAAGUUAAAUUAUUGUAAUAAAUAUUUUCCAUUCAAGAAA